AUGUAUCCUGAAUGUGAGACUCCGCUUACACCAGUCAACUAGUCAGACCUGUUCUAGGUGCAGAGGUCACCGCUAAGAAAACUCUGUUACAUUGCUACAUCUGUACUUCUGUUAGUGACUUUUGGCAAACUUUACAGGAAGACGGAAGGGAUUUGAUUAUUAUAUUCAGAAGGGAGGGACGUGGACAUUGUCCAGACCACAGGUUGGAAACUGGCCGCUCCUGAUCAGACUCACCUGUUAAUGCAGGAGAAAGCUAUAAAGGAAGCAGCUGGUGACAUCUUAAAGAAGAAGUCAUAGUACGCUGGUUGGUUGAUGUCGUGUGAUACGGCGGGCAGGGGACAAUUUCAAAGGUCUAGAAUAUAAAUGCCUGUUACUGAUGUGACUCCGAGUCCCUGCGCAGGAACAUGAAUUUUAACAUGUUAGAUUGGCAAGGUACUAACAAAGACGGUGCGGAGAAGAAGCAUUCGCCACACAGCAGCAUGAAGAUGUCAAACUGCAGUACAGAAGAAGAUACGGACAACAGAUCUUCCUUUAUACGGGAUGCGAGAAGCAUGAAGAUGAUGGAAAGCGUGAGCAGGACUCCAUCACCUGCCACAAUAAGUAAAAGGAAAAGAGGAAUGAGAGGAAGCUUAUGGAGCACAACCGGAUCACUACCAUUUGGUGGAGCAUGGAUCUCAGCAGCUAGCUUUGAUGUUGUUGAUAGUCAAGAACAGCAGCCGCAAGAUUCUGGGGUGGGAGGUUUGGUACUUGACCCUGUGGAGCACGCAUGGAUGCUUAUGGUUGCAGAAGGCAAUUUUGAGGAGCUCCAGGAUUCACUACAACAGGAUCCUACCUUGCUUUACAAAAGAGAUUUUGUAACUGGUUACUCGGUGAUGCAUUGGAUUGCCAAACACGGCCAACAUGAGGAUUUUAUUAGACUUAUGGAUUUUGCAUGUGCUCAUGGCUACUAUUUGGAUAUCAACACUCGUGCUAGUGGCGGUUUAACUCCACUCCACAUUGCAGCAUUACAGGGGCAUGAUAUGCUCAUCAAGGUUCUGGUAGGUGCAUACAAUGCAGAUAUUCAUAUCCGUGACCAUAAUGGUCGAAAAGCUUGGCAGUACUUAAGGAGCAGGACUGAUGGGAAUCUACUGAUACUCUUAGGUGCUCCUGAAGAAGAGGAAGCCGGUGCAACGGCUAGCAUCAACAACAAUAACAACAGUCACACGGCUACGCUGCAGAAAAUGGCGCAAUGGACUAUGUUGAAAUGGAUUCUCUGCCUAAAGUAGCUUUGUCAGUAGCACCCUCAGAAACUUUAUAAGGAACGCUUAUAGUUUCCUUAAAAACUGGUAAAUUUUCAUUAUGGUAUAUCAGGCAGCAAGAUUAUGAAUUGCACUAGUUUAUUUUGGUAAAGAAAAGACAAUUAAUUAACUUGCACUCCGAGUUGGAGACUAAUUUGAAAUGACACUCAUAAGUCA